AUGUUGCCUCCUCUUCGAGGUGGUAAACUUAGAGGAGAACCUAGAUAUGGGGGCAAAGUUCUAUUUGGAUAUCCUGGAUCGUGGGCUCAUUGCAUUAGUGAGACAAUCGAUCAUAAGGAUGCCACACGUCUUUUCCGACACCAAUCUUCUUUCAAGAAAAUGGAGUUGUGGCCGCUAGAAGGUGAAUGUGCAAGAGUUAGAGAUUUGGUUGAAAACUCAGGUUUGUACAAUGCCGUUCUGAACUCUGUGAUUGCGUAUGACAAGGUCGCAGUAUCUAGUUUCUGUGAAAGGUAUCACGCUGAAGUCGACACAUUCCAACUUCCUUUUGGUGAGAUGGAGAUAACUCCUGAUGACGCAGAACAGAUAUUAGGGUUGCAGGUCGAAGGCAAAUCAACCGGUGAGAAGUUCAAGAGAAGGCCUAGUUGGGAAGACAUCUAUACAUGGACCAAGAACUUGUUUGGCUGGGAUUCCGAGAAGACUAAUGGGCUUUUCGAGAAGGGACCUAACAAAGGUAACCGGGUGAGCGCCAACCUUCUUCAGCCUUUGGAUCCCUUGGAAGAUGUGAGAAAGUACUCUUGGGGGACUGCCAUAAUUGCACACCUGAAUGGUCAGCUUUCUCAGGGAUCUCGCAAACUAACUUCUCAAAUUAAUGGGAAUUUGGCUCUAAUCCAGGUGUGGAUUUAUGAUCAUUUCCCAUCACUGAUCAAAGAUAAUGAAGAUGUGGAACUCAACCCACAAUGGAGCAAAGAUAGUCUAACGGGAACCAAAUACUUGUUCACUGGUUCUCAAGAUAGGGAACAAACUGAUGCGUUGAUACAAAUGCGUCAAAAACUUGACAACAUCACGGCUAAAGAGGUAGUCUUCAAUCCGUACAAGAAUAAUAGAGUUGGCGCAAUGGAAGAUGUCGUGUAUUACCAUGGCCCCUUGUUUCACCCUAACGGUUUUUCAAUGUACAAUCCGAUAAGAAUCAUGCAUCAACUUGGUUUUAUUCAAGAUUCACCCGAUGAGGAUUAUGUACCUCCGUUCAAGCACAAGUUGGAAAAGUGUGAGGCUGAAGAAGCGGGUAUAAAGGUGGCUUAUGAACCUGAAGUUGAUGUCAAGCAUUGGAAUGAUAGAAACUCUAGGCUUGUAGACAUCUCAUGGUGGGUGCAUGCGGAUGAAGGUCAUGAGGCAACACCGAAUUACGUCGAAUGGUAUGAAGGCUUCUCCCAUGGUAGGGUGAUAUGGGUAGAUCCGACUCUGGGUAGAAGGACCAACAGAGCAUCCACCUCUUCUUCUUCUCAAGUCGACAGUAGAGAUGCUACUUCCAUUAUGACACUAGUGAGGGAGCGAACGAAGCUUCUGGUCAAGGCUUUUUGUUGCUCGGCUGAAAAAGGGGAAGUGAUGGAUCCUGCGAAGCAACAUCGGUACGCAGAUUACUGCACGCACAUUGAAAAUCCCAAUGCAAAGAAGAUGUUCAAGGAGAUGGCUAAGGAAGGUAAGAGGAGCCGGAAAUCACGUAGCCAAAGAGCACAAGAAGUUGAUGAGCAUGGCCAAAGUAGCCAACAUCAUGAUGAACAUCCCUCAUAG